AUGACUAACAAUUCUGGUAAAAAAAUUUGGUAUAAAAACAUAUCAAUAUACGUUAAACCACCAACCGAUCUAUUGAUUAACACAGUGAAGCUCAUCGUUUUAGUAAUCUUUUUUGUGCUCUUCAUCGCAACAUCAGUCAACGCAUGCUCUCGCCCGACUUGUCCGGAUGAUACAGAGUGUCCUGAAACCGAUGUAUGUGGUUAUAGAAACCAGACGACAGGCAGCAAGUUUUGUUUAUCGAGAUGUUCGUCGGACGCAGACUGUGAUGAAUUUAGACGAUGCGACAUUGAUAGAUGUGUUUCAAAAAAAUAUCAAGCCCGUACAAUUUACUGAUUGAUCAAUUUGCUUUUAUCACUAAUAAAAAUGUUUGCAAGC